AUGAAUUACAUUAUAGGAAUGUCUGUCACAUAGAAACAUCAAAUUUCUAUAUAAGAAAAUCUAGCUUAUGCAGCAGGUUCAAUUGUUGUAUAUUACUCAUACAAAGAAAAUUAAUAAGAGAAAUAUUUGAUUGGAAAAGCAUAAGUACAUGCCAUCCUUAUAUCAAGAGAUGGUACACAUGUAUUCACAGGAGAGUAAGCAACUAAGAAUCCUGCAGUUAAUAUAUUUAAAUUGACUGAUGAACGCGAGAUUAAUAUUAGUUAGUAAUUGAAGGGACAUAAAUUUGGAAUCACUUAAAUAGUAGAAUCACCAGCUAAACCUUAUUUAGUGUCUUUAGGUUCUGAACCUGAUAAAGGUUUAUUUGUUUGGGAUUGGAGUUAAGGUAUUAAAUUAACAGUGAAUAAAUUAUCCAAACCUGUAAAUACAAUACGAUUUAAUGAUAAUGGAAGACUUUUAAUAAGUGCAGGAUAAGGACAUUUGAAAUAUUGGUAAUUUAAAAAUGAUGGAAGUAUAAUAGCAUAUGAUAAUAUGAUGGAUCCAAAACCUUUUUUAUUGAAUGAACAAUUCAUGCAUAAGAACUUUAUUGAUAUUCAUGUUACACAAUAUUCAGUUUUUGCAUUAACAUUUGAUUCUUUAAUAACUGUAUUUUCUUUGUAAACUAAAUAAUUUGAAAAAUGGAUGGAUCUUAAAGCUACUAAUUCUUAUUCAUUAACUAGUCAUUCAAAUUAUUUAAUUACAGGUUGUUCUGAUGCUAUUAUAAGAAUAUUUAAUUUAAAUAUGUAACAUAUUGUAACACUCUCAAAACCUCCUAAUCUUGGAAAUUACAAUAUUGAAAAAGGAAUUACAAAACUUAAAGUUUAAGGUGAUUAAUUUGCAGAUUGUUUAGCAGUUUAAAUCUAUUAAAAUUAUUUAGUUGCUGCUUAUAGUGAUAGAACAAUGUUUUUAUGGGAUAUUGGUAAUUUUGAAAAGAUUGUUGUAAAACGUUCAUUUCUUAAUCAUAGUGCUAGUAUUAAUGAUCUAUAAAUAAUGACUUAAUAAUCAUCAAUAGAAGCCACAUUCUUUGUUACAGCCUCUUCUGAUUAAACUUUAAGAGUGUGGCAUAUUUAUGAAUAAUAACCUUUAGGAUUAAGAAGAAAUGCUUAUUGUAAAUAUCUAUCAAAAAUAAUUUAUAUUGGUGAUUAAUAUUAACAUUUUAAAGCAAAUCAAUAAGCAUAAUUAUAAAUUAGAUGUGUAAGAGUUUCUAAAGAUGGAAAUUAUCUUGCAUGUGGAGAUUCAGCUGGAAUUUUAAGAAUAUUUUCUACUUAAACAUUUACAUUAUAUAAAUAAAUAUAAGCUCAUGAUCAAGAUAUUAUGACUUUAGAUUUUUCAGAAUAUAUAGAUUUACUUGCUACUGGAUCAAGAGAUCGUAUAAUUAAUAUUUAUGAUGAUUAAUUCUAAAAAAUAGGAUCAUUAGAAGAACAUACAAGUUCAGUUACUUGUGUUAAAUUUAGUAAGAAUAAAUUAAUCAGUUGUGGAUUAGAUAAAGCAAUUAUUUUUAGAGAAUUUAAUGGAUAAAAAUUUAAAAUAUAUCAUCAAGAAUAAAUUUCUAAAAUAUAUUCAAUGGAUGUAAGUUUUAAUAAUUUGUAUAUUUGUUUAGAAAAGAAAAUAUCAAUCUAUGAUAUUCCUACUGGUAAAUUAAAAUAAUCUUUUGAAACAGAUGCAAAUUCUAAAAUCUUACUUUAUAGUAAAGAUGAUUAGAAUUGUCUUCAAAUUGCUACAUAUUCUGAUAAAAAUAUAAAAAUUUACAAUAACAAAUUUGAAUUAAUUUAAAAAUUUUAGCAUGAUUAACUUACUUCAAUGGGAUUUGCUAUGGAUAAUAAACAUUUUAUUACUGCUGGUCAUGAAGGUUGUAUAAUUAUUUGGAAAUUAAAUAAAGUAUUUAAAAAGAAAUAAUUGGGUUUAAUUGGAAAGAAAUUGAAAUAAGUAUUUGCUUAAUAAGAUCUAAAGAGUUCAAAAGAAUGGACUAUUAAUAGUUUAUGGAUUGAAGAUGAAUUAAGAGGUUUUCUUAAUAAUAAUAAAUAAUAAUAAUAAUAAUAAUAACAAUAACAAAAUUAAAAAUAAGAAGAAGAACAAGUAGAAUUGUUUAAAUUUGAAUCAGAUAAUGAAAUGGAUCCAAAAUCAUCUAAAUAAAUUGAAAAUGCUCUAUCUCCUUUAGGAAAUUCAUAAUUCAAUUAUAAAGAUCAAAAAUUUGAUAAAGAUGAUAUAAAAACUAUUUAAAAUCAAUUGUUAAUUGUAUAAAAUAAUCUUAAUAAAGUUAAUGAAAAAUAAUAAAAUAAAUAUUAGAUUCAUAAUAAUUAAGAAACUAUUUAAGAAGUAAAUCAACUUGAAGAAUAGAGUUAAUUAAAUUUCUUUUAUGAGAAAUCACAAUAUUAAUAAACAUCUAGAAGUCAAAGUGUUGAUAGUCAAAUAUUAAAAAAAAGAACUAGAGAGGAAAUUAAAUAAGAUAAAUUAAAAUAACUUAAUAAAAAACAUGAUAUGUUAUAAUAAAAUUUGAUUACUCAAGAAAGUUAAGUUGAUUAAACUUAAAGAGAUACAACAGGAUUAGAAACAAAGAUAAUAGAAUAAGAUACAUAAAUAAUAAAUAGUUAAUUACAUUCUAAUCUUAAUUUUUAUGCUGAUUAUUAAUAACAAUAAAAUAAAUAAUUUAUACCUACUGAAGCUAGUUUAUAAAUUAAUAAUGCUACUUAAACAUAAGAACAUAUCAAAUAAAUAAUUGGUCCCAUUUCAAAGGAUUCUAUUAAUUUGAAUAAUUCUUAUGCCUAUGAUUAACAUUAUCAUCAAUAAUUAGUUGAUCCAACUUAAUAAUAAGUAAUUAUUUCUUUAUCAUAUAUAGAUCUUUUAAUAAACUAAUUUGGCUAGAUGUCAUAUUAGAUAAAUUCAAGUGGAAUUGCUAGAUUUAACAAACCUAUUGAAUUAAAUAAAAGAUUAAUAGGUUAAAGAAAAUGUAUUAAGAGAAAUAGAUGAUGAUUUGAAUAAUUUAUAAAAGUCUAUAUAAUUAAUUAGAAAAUAAGAAUAAUAAGAACAAUAAACAAAUAGAAUAAUGGAACAAUCAUAAGCAUAACUAAGUGAAGAAGAUAUAAGUAUAUAUUUAUUAUUAUUAUUAAUAGAAAAGAUAGUAAUAAAUUGCAGUAAAGAAAUGUUUGAAAACUACUCAAAAGUUUUAUUUGAAUAAAUUAAAGGAAAGAAUAUAUGA